UUGACUAAACAUCAGUACCCUAUCUAUUCUCAAUGCUGGUACCAACGUCGUUGACUGAACCCGGUACCAAUCAUCAGUCAAUGCUCAUGGUUUGAAAAUGUAAUAACUAUGAUUUUCCAACCGUGGCGCUAAGAUACCACCUGCAACGGUUGCUACGCAACCAAUGCUCGUACCAACGUUGUUAACUGAUGAUUGGUACAACGUUGACUGAACCCGGUACCAAUCAUCAAUCAAUGCUCAUGGUUUGAAAAUGUAAUAACUAUGAUUUUCCAACCGUGGCGCUAAGAUACCACUCACAACGGUUGCUACGCAACCAAUGCUCGUACCAACGUUGUUAACUGAUGAUUGGUAUAACGUUGACUGAACCCGGUACCAAUCAUCAGUCAAUGCUCAUGGUUUGAAAAUGUAAUAAUUAUGAUUUUCCAACCGUGGCGCUAAGAUACCACCUGCAACGGUUGCUACGCAACCAAUGCUAGUAAACACGUGGAUAAUCAAACGGUGACAGUAGCACACUGUGGCAGAAGCGUUCAAAAAACGCGUCUCUCUGAAAUAUCCGUGUGACACAAUUGUCUUGCGAAUACUUGAAUAUUUUAGGCCAAGUGUCUAACAAUGUCUGUAAAUCGAAAUGGAAAAAAGAAAAUAGGAAACACGUACCGCGUAAGCGAGCCUAUUGUGAAUUUUAAAAUCAGAGUCAAAAUUGUACAACAGAGAUCUCGACUUGCUGAGUUAUUUAAAACGGAAGAAGAAACGAGAGAUAAUAAUUUCUUGGAAUGUGAAGAAAAAAUUCUUUCUUGGCAGGAAAAAGUGUUUAGCCGUUUUGAAGCUCAGUUUUAUACGGAUUCUAAGAAUUGUAUAACCGAACAACAGAAAAAUUAUCACCAGGAGAUAAUAGAGAAAAAUAUCACAGGAUGUCGCAUAUACACAUAUGUUGAUAGAGAUUCAUAUUUUCCAAACAAUCCUCUCUUGACAAGACCUUAUAAGUCCUUUUUGUCCAAGAAAAACGGGAAAGCGUUACCGAUUCUGCAAAACCGCAAGCCAUUCAAUGAAAGAUAUAAUAAAAAAGUAAUAGACGACAUUCCGACUGAGGCAAGAGCUUGCACAAAUCACUACUUGUACAAAGAUUGUAGGAUUAUGUAUAUUCUAGCGGAUUUGACACCAAAUGACAAGUUAUCUCAUGAUUUCAACGAUUCAGAAGUAUUACUAUGCACAAUCACCUAUGAUAAGAUUCAUCAAUCUUUGACAAUGGAUCCUGAUUUUACGAAAAAUGAGUCACAUGAGAUUUUUGCAACUGAUAUGAACUAUGACUGCUGGAUUGAACAUGCUUCGGAGCAGGAGAGUCUUGAGGAUUUUGAAACGCAAAUGACAGAACUGCGCAAUGAGGUGAUGCGAAAAUUGAGUUUUAGGGAGGCAGAAGUACUCCCAGCAAUUGAAUUACCUCCAUCAAAUACUCUACGGCUUUUUAUAAAUCUAGACAUUGUCUCAGCUCACAAUUUUCCAUACGACUCGUUGUUUGUUACCUAUCACAUCGAGCUGCCCCAGCAUUGGAGCACAAAUCAAGCAGAGCGCCUAUCUGGCAGAACGCAGCGAUGUUCCAUGACAAAAGGAAAUGCAAACUUCAGCUAUGUUGCAGAGAUGUGUUUGGACCUAGAUUUAUCAUGGCUAGAGGAUCAGAAUCUUUUGCCAAACUGGCCAUGGAUACUUAUUUCUGUGGCCUCUUUAGAUAGUUGGACAAGGUAUCGAAUCGAAGGAUAUGCAGCUCAACCGAUACCGGCUACGCCUGGAUCCCACGAUCUAAUAUUGCAUACUUGGCGACCAACAGGUGACUUUCUAAACACUCUUCGUCGGUUUUUCACUGGCGGGACCUACGAGCUUCGAGAUAUAACGUACAGCUGUAUUCCAGCUAUGCAUGAUAGCAGGAACCUGGAGAAAGCAAAUUUGGAAACAGCUCCUAGUGGUCAGGUCAAGUUGAAGUUGAACAUAAUUCAGCAGAGUCAAUCGUCCGUCAAGGACAUUCACUUUAAACGAGAUACUUUUGAAAGACUUAGCGCCGGACGGCUUAUGAAUAGUGUUAACGAUGUUUUGGGACAAUUUAAGGCUGCUAGGGAACGGAUGAUAAGAGCAAGAAUGAUGAAUGCAUAGGAUACAGUAUGAUGAUGCGAUUCUUCUUGAAUUGGUAAAUCCCAAACCACCUCAGCUAUAGACUUCUAAGCAUACCAGUUUAAAUGCGUCAUCACGACUCGAUAUCGCAACACUUUCCGUGAAUUGCAGGCAGAUUUUUGACGCUCGAAUAUACAACAUUCUGUUGAAAAAAGUUAUUACGAUAUUCCGAUAUCCUACAGCAGAUCGAAAAAUCGGCUCUAUCAAAAUAAUUCUCAUCUAAUCCAAAUUCAUUUGAAGAUUCUGCUGAGGAUUUUAUCAAAUUUCAUACAUGCAAACUCGGUCUUGAAUUUCAGACUGACGAUGGUUAUGAGCAGUUACCUGAAGUAAUAUUAGUUUAAAAACUUUUGUUUACAUUGAUCAGAUUUCUUUUUUUAGAGUAUUGAAGAGAUUUGGAAGGUUAUUAGUUUGAGUUCCGGAACAUCUCAUAUCCCUAAAUCUUCCUUGAUUUACUGCAACUAAGAAUGUUGCAAAUAAUCCUUCACCGAGCUAUGAAAAUCGCAUCGCAAUUUAAUCAAAUCUUCAUGAGUGUAAUUACAAUAAUCCCGUGAUCAAAAAAUGACAUCAGUAGGCCAUAAAUACACACCUCACAGAAUGAUAAAUAAUAUAGGGGGGCAUAAGUUUGACUUCUUUGUUCAAAGGCAACUACUGAACUGUCGUUAAGAAGAAAAAUCGAUAUUCCGUGAAUGAUCGAGAAACAAGAAAUGAUUCAUGCAAUGUGGUUGAUGCCUAUCAGAACACGCGUGAUUACAUUUAUUUGUAUAGUUAUGACGAAACCGCUUGUGUAGCACAUUUGGAACGGUAUAUGACAAUAUUUGUUUUACAAUUAUACACAGGUCUGCAAAGUAGGUUCAAUUCCGGGAAUUAUUUGGAAUACUCGGACAAAUUACAACACUAUCUGUUCUGCACAUACUGAUAUGCUCAUUUCGGUUUUGGAAUAGCCUAUAAGGUUUAAGUUCUGAUACGAACUUUAUAUUAUAUUUAUAUUAUUAUUAAUAAUAUGUAAUUUAUCUUAAUUAAGUAGGCUCUGGAAAAAUAGUUACGUAAUACUUCCUUUGCCGUACAUAAAAUAUUUGUAUUAGAAUAAAAGGUACUGCAAUUAGAAAAUUAUAUUUUCAGGAAUCUUCUGCUGAUUGUGAGAUAAAAGUAAGGAUACUCGACAUCUGAAGUGAGGUGCUUCAAUUUUCGGAAUUAUGCUCAUGUAAGAACGCUUUCGUAGAAUUAUUUUAUAGGAGCAUAGGAAGUAUGAAAAAAUUGCUUUAAUUUCAUAAAAAGAAAAAAGAAUUGACAAUUUUUGCACCGUUGAAGAUGGCUGGAUGAUAUUUAGUGUCCAGAUUUAUACUUUGAAUUAAUAAAACGUUAGUAUUCUUUUCGAAAAAUUUCUAAUCAUCGAGCCUCAUUUUUAUCAUCGUUGUCCGGACAGAUAAGAUUAAAAAAAUUGGCGUGUUGCUCUCUGUCUAACAAUAAGAUACGAGGGGAAAGAGUGAAACCUUCACUUUUUCAG